CUCAAAUUUAAUUUGAAAUCAAUUUGCUUCAGGAAAACGACGUUUACCGUUUAGACGUAAUCAGUACAUUACGUCUUACUUCUAAUUAUUUGGACUAGUCAUGUACAGUAAGGUUGUCAGUUCGGAAUCAUUAACGACAUUAUCAUUGUAUAAAAAUGACAAUUUAAUUUACUUUUUUCUUUCCAGUGUAAUAGAGGAAAAUUCUGUCUUAGCCUGUAAACAGUCAGAUAAAGAGUGGGCAUGCCCGGCUCCACAAUGCAGACGCAUCUUAAGCAGAAAACAGACAUUAAAAUCACAUCUAUUGUCUGUGCACAACAUCAGCUAUGAGGUACCUGUCAAGCGAUACAAACUGUAUGACUACGAUUCUUCAGUUCCUGUUCCAAGGCGUACACAUUUCAGACAAAAGAAACUCAAUGUUAAAAAGGAGAGCCAUGAGCAGGAAUGUCAAGAGCAUUGUGAGAUUGAAGCCUCUACAUUGGAAAGUAGUGCAACUGCAGCCAGUAAUGAAAUGGGACCCUCUGAAGAAACAAGUAGUGAUAUGGACCUUUCGAGUGAUGCUUCCAGUGAUCAAUCUGAUAUAUCAUCUUCAGAGAGUUCUGAAAGUUCAGACUCAGAAACAGAGAGUGCAAAAAGUGAAGCAAAUGAACAAGCAUCACAGGCGACAAAGUCUGCCCCAUUAUAUGUUGUACAAUCAUCAUCUGGUGAAAUGUAUUCAUCAGACCUCUCAAAAUAUGAUCAUACCUUGGCAGUAGCUGCAUUUAUUUCACGUCACAAUUUAUCAGAUACAGCUACAGAGCACUUAAUAAAGUUAAUUAACCUUCACAUACCAAAUAACAGCUUGCUAGAAAAAAAUUCUUCAAAAUUGAAAGAAAAAUUAGGAUUUGAUGCAGACUACAUGAAGUACUAUUUCUUUUGCAAUGUCUGUAAGAGUGUGUUUGAGGAUAAUGAUGACCAGUGCUCAACCCCAAACUGCAAUGGUAUAAAAUUAUCUAAAAGAACACAGACCUAUUUCAGUAGUGGCAAUGUAGAAAUACAGUUAAAGGAGAUCCUCAACAGAAAAGGUAUUCUGGACUCUAUUCAAGAAGUUUAUGAUAGGGAAAUGCCAUUAACAAUUAAUGAUGUAACUGAUGGAUCAGAAUACAAGAAACUGUGUGAAGAUGGAGGCUUUCUGAGCAAUAGGAACAACAUCAGCUUAACAAUGUUUACAGAUGGCAUACCACUCUUUAAAAGUUCAGGUGUUUCCUUGUGGCCAGUAUAUCUCCUGAUUAAUGAAAUUCCCAGGCAUGAAAGAUUUCGAAAAAAGAAUAUGGUCCUUUGGGGUAUGUGGCAAGGGUUAGGGAAGCCAAACAUGACAUUGUUCUUGAAACCUCUUGUUUCUGAACUCAAUCACCUGUAUUCAAACGGUUUCCAAAUGAAUGUCGGAACAGAAGAGAUAAAUUGCAAGGCUCAGUUGAUAGUUGGAACAAUGGACUUGCAAGCUAGAGCUGCAGUUUUGCAUAUGACACAGCACAAUGGCGAAUAUGCUUGUGUCUAUUGCAUGCAUCCAGGAAAAGUUGUCAAAAGCGGCAAAGGUCAUUGUCGUUCUUUCCCUUACACAAAAGAGCCUCUGUUGUACAGAACAGCUGAAAGAAUUCAAGCAGAUGGAAAAAAAGCACAAAAAGACAGGAAAAAAGUAAAUGGUUUCACUGGAGAAAGUGUCCUGAACUACCUUCCAAACUUCUCUCUAGAUAACAACAUUGUUAUUGACUACAUGCAUGGCUCACUUCUAGGGAUAUCAAAAAAGUUUCUUUCUCUCUGGUUUGAUACCAAGAAUGUGGAUAAACCAUACUACAUUGGUGGUAAAAUUAAGGAAGUUGACAAGAUGAUGAAGAUGGUGACACCUCCCUAUGUUAUAAAGAGACUACCGAGAAAGCUGUCUAACACACUGCAACACUGGAAAGCAUCUGAACUCCGUUCCUGGUUGCUUUUCUACUCCCUUCCAGUCCUGAAUGGGAUACUUCCAGAAACCUACCUCAAACACUUUAGCCUCAUUGUGGAAGCCAUUUACAUUUUACUAGGUGAAGGAAUCACAAAUGAAGAUAUUGAAAGAGCAGAUCACCUGUUGAAUGUCUUCGUGAAAACUGUAGAUGCACUAUAUGACAGCAGUGUUCUUGGGCUGAACAUUCACAAUCUGCUGCACCUGUGUGAUUGUGUGCGAAAAUGGGGACCUUUGUGGGCUUGGUCCUGUUUUUCCUUUGAGUCAUUCAAUGGAGAGAUCAAGAAAACCAUCCAUGGAACAGGCAGCGUCUGCAAACAAGUGUUUUGGGCUCUUCAAUCUCAAAAAAGAGUGGAGAACAUUUCUACUUUGCCAGUGUCAGACAAAGUCAAGACAUUUGUAGAGGACUUGCACCAUGGAAAGUCUGUAACAGACAAUGCCCUGUCUGCUGUCCAGUGCUCUGUUAACAAAGCAUCAGCAUUGCCAGAUAACUUUCAGUUCCCAGAUAAAGUAAAGUUGAAACUUCACAACAUUGUCAAAAGUGAUAGCCCAUCCAUGUUCUUGAGGACCAAUAAAAUAUUCCGUGGUGGAUUGUCUGUGUACAGUAAACUUUGCUCAAAAGUCAGAAAAAGAAAUUCAUAUACCUGGGCAGUUACAUCUACAGCAGAUGACUUAGAAGAUGGAAGCAUUCUCGAAAUAGAGUAUUUUCUUGUACAUAAGCGUACCAUGCAAGUAUUCGCAGUAGGGAAAAAACUGAAAACAGUCGGUGGUGUUUUACCUGGAAAUGCUCCUCACAUUCAAAGAGUACAGUACUCAAGCAAUGAAGUCACUUUAAUGCCAGUAUCAACUCUACAAGAUGUGAUCAUCAGCUUUGAGUUAAACGGACUAAAAUAUGCAUCAAGAUUUCCAAACUCAGUGGAAAGCGACUGAUUGAACACCCCGUAUCUGAGAAUGACAUAAAUAUUCAGUUGACUUUUUGUGAAAAUCUUUGGUCUCAAUGCAUCAGAUAUAUUUUUUCGAUUCCUCCUUAACUCAUUUUGCCAAGAAUAUUCAAUUGCAUGGAUACUUUUAUUACUGUGUAGCUAAAAUUACAAAAUAAAUGGGUCAAUGUACAUUAAUUACAGGGCGGAAUAAGUUAAGGAAUAGCCCGCCCUUACUAUCUAAAAUAACUAAUAAUAUUAAUUGCAUAUUCUUUUUAAUACAAAAUAUGUAGUGCAAAUAAAUUCAUACAUGUAUUAAACUACAAAUACAUUUCAGAAAACCAGCAAAAAUUUUCUAAGUUAUUUUCCGUUGAUUUCCAUCCAAGAAAAUGUAUAAGUUAUUUUCCAUAACGAUUUCCGUUGAAAAAAAUGGCUAAGUCCAACUUUCCAUGGUGUUUUCCAUACAUUCCGUGGAAAUGCAUGGAAUUUUAGUCGAGAUUCCGUGGAAUUCCGUGGAAUUCCAUAACAACUUCAGAUGGAAAAUUGGCAAGUGGAUGGAAUUCCAUCAAAUUCCGUGGAUUUCCAUCGAUUUCCGUAGAAUUCCAUAAUAUUUUCUACGGAAUUCCAUAGAAUUCCAUAGAAAAGUGCUAAUGACUAUGGCAGAUCUACAGACGGGCUGGUAGUAAUUUAAGAAUUUCACAAAACCUUAUCUGGAGCUCUGAUAUAAUGAAAACACA